GGUGGGCGUCUGCGGUGCCUCCCCCUCGCUUUCAUUCUUUUCUCCCCCAAGCCUGAUCCCCUCUCGGUGGGGGAAGCAGCCGCGGAACAAAACUGUCUUGCUCGGGGCCUGAACUGCUGGUGGGAUUUGGGGAGGGCAGAGGCGUGGAGCGGUGGUCGCGGUGCGCCCUGGUGUGUGUGUGUGUCUGCGUGUGUAUAUGUGUAUGUGUGUAGCGAACUCCUUCAGGGUGUGCGCCUCUGACUUGUAAAUCGAUCUGGCCGCCGGGCCACCGGGCUCACCUUCCCAGCCGAGCUUGGUGGAGAGUAAAGAGAUGGGCGAAUCACCCCCACCCUCAAAAUAUCCGUCUCUUCCAAGAGGAAUUUUCUGCUGGAGAGACAGCCAAUAAACUCUGCUCAACUCCCGCCCUCCCUCCGUUCUUCCUAGCUGCAGUUUCAAAAAGCUUCAAAGCCAGGAAUGUGGGAUUCAUCUUCCGAUCCCCAGAAGGCAAAUGUGGUUACAGAUGUUGCACGGUACUUUGCCAAGUUUAAAACCCUUCCUUCAACACUGUAACCAAAACAGUGAGGCUAGAACCUUGGGCGCGCUGGGAAGAGAUAGGGGCCUCUGGGACUGAUGGAUUCAGUAACUUCCGUCGGGUUCUAGACCGGCUCUGCUCUGUCCAGUUUGUGCCAGAUAUGUCUCCGACCCCCUCCCUACCUCCCCUGUUCCCUGGAGGCUCGAAUGCUCCCCGCAGGGGAGGGAAGCUACUUAGGGAAGAAAACAUUCCGCUUAGUAGUAGAAGAAAAGUCUUGGUUAAAAGUUGUCAAUAAUUUGGCGUUUGGAGAGAGGUAGCAAGGUGAUACAAUGGACUUGUUAAUUUUAUUGGGCUUUUCUUUCUUGUUUGACGGGUGUAUAGGAAUUAGAUGAUGGGAAAAGGAACCUGUUCUAUGCAUGUUUUAUAUAUUUUUGAAAAGAGACCCUUGAAUUGAGACAUAACCCAGUGGUUUUAAAGAAUCCUGUCCCAGAGAUGCAGAUUGCUCUGACAGCCCAAGGGAAGGCGGUGGCAAAAAAUAGACACCACCUCCCUUUUCCCCAAAAAAAUUCUUCCUGGAAAGGUGGUGUUAAGAAAUUUCAGAGAUGGGCUGAUCCAAGUGGCGGGCCUUAAAUGGAAACACUAUAGUAUGUCCUGGCACUUGUCUCUGGAGGUGGGUUGCUGGCCAGGGGCCCGGGCUUGGGCAGCCAGCAGACACUAGACUUGUGCUGACCUCAGACACCGCCUUGCCAUGCAGCUUUACAAUGUGCAGGCUGCUUCAGUAUGAAAUGGGCCUCAUCCCUUUUACUGGUGGGGACAUGGGUCAGGUUAUCUUAGGCCUGGAUGGGACCUGGAUCCCUGUCUUCUAAGAUCAAAUCACUUAUUUUAUACUCAAAGGUGGUGAAUGGUGUUGAGAUGAAUUGAGGAUUGAGAUGGGUACAGACUGAAUUCAUGCUCUCCUUUUCCAGCUAUAUUGUUGUACAAUGGUAGAUGGAGUAAUGAUUCUUCCCGUGCUAAUGGUGAUUGCUUUCCCUUCCCCAAGUAUGGAAGAUGAGAAACCCAAGGUCACCCCCAAACUUUACAUGUGUGUAUGCGAAGGCCUCUCCUGCGGUAGCGAGGACCACUGUGAAGGCCAGCAGUGCUUUUCCUCGCUAAGCAUCAAUGAUGGCUUCCAUGUCUACCAGAAAGGCUGCUUCCAGGUCUAUGAGCAGGGGAAGAUGACUUGUAAGACCCCACCAUCCCCUGGCCAAGCUGUGGAGUGCUGCCAAGGGGACUGGUGUAACAGGAACAUCACAGCCCAGCUGCCCACUAAAGGGAAGUCCUUCCCUGGAACACAGAAUUUCCACUUGGAGGUUGGCCUCAUUAUUCUCUCUGUAGUGUUUGCAGUAUGCCUUCUAGCCUGCCUUCUGGGAGUGGCUCUCCGAAAAUUUAAAAGGCGCAACCAAGAACGCCUCAAUCCCCGAGAUGUUGAGUACGGCACCAUCGAAGGGCUCAUCACCACCAAUGUUGGAGACAGCACUUUAGCUGAUUUAUUGGAUCAUUCGUGUACAUCAGGAAGUGGCUCUGGUCUUCCCUUUCUGGUACAGAGAACAGUGGCUCGCCAGAUUACACUCUUGGAGUGUGUCGGUAAAGGCAGGUACGGUGAGGUGUGGAGAGGCAGCUGGCAAGGAGAAAAUGUUGCCGUGAAGAUCUUCUCCUCCCGGGAUGAGAAGUCGUGGUUCAGGGAAACAGAAUUGUACAACACUGUGAUGCUGAGGCACGAAAAUAUUUUAGGUUUCAUUGCUUCAGACAUGACAUCAAGGCACUCCAGUACCCAGUUAUGGUUAAUCACACAUUACCAUGAAAUGGGAUCGUUGUAUGACUAUCUUCAGCUUACUACUCUGGAUACAGUUAGCUGCCUUCGAAUAGUGCUGUCCAUAGCUAGUGGGCUUGCUCAUUUGCACAUAGAGAUAUUUGGGACCCAAGGGAAACCAGCCAUUGCCCAUCGAGAUUUAAAGAGCAAAAAUAUCCUGGUUAAGAAGAAUGGACAGUGCUGCAUAGCAGAUUUGGGCCUGGCAGUCAUGCACUCCCAGAGCACCAAUCAACUUGACGUGGGGAACAACCCCCGCGUGGGCACCAAGCGCUACAUGGCCCCAGAAGUUCUAGAUGAAACUAUCCAGGUGGAUUGUUUUGAUUCUUACAAGAGGGUCGAUAUUUGGGCCUUUGGACUUGUAUUGUGGGAAGUGGCCCGGCGGAUGGUGAGCAAUGGUAUAGUGGAGGAUUACAAGCCACCAUUCUACGAUGUGGUUCCCAAUGACCCAAGUUUUGAAGACAUGAGGAAAGUAGUCUGUGUGGAUCAGCAGAGGCCAAACAUACCCAACAGAUGGUUCUCAGAUCCGACAUUAACCUCUCUGGCCAAGCUCAUGAAAGAAUGCUGGUAUCAGAACCCAUCGGCAAGACUCACAGCUCUGCGCAUCAAAAAGACUUUGACCAAAAUUGAUAAUUCCCUAGACAAAUUGAAAACUGACUGUUGACAUUUUCCUGGUGUCCGGAAGGAAGAUUGACGUCGUUGUUGUUGUCCAGCUGGGACCUAAUGCUGGCCUGUUUGUCAGAACAGAAUCCAUCUGUCUCCUUCCCCCAGUGGCUGCAUCAAUACGGCAGACAUCUUACCCAGCCAUGUGUUGGGGAGACACGAAAACCACCCUAACCUCUCUCAAUGACUGUGAACUGGGCAUUUCACGAACUGUUCACACUGCAGAGACUAAUGUUGGACAGACACUGUUGCAAAGGUAGGGAACUGGAGGAACACAGAGAAUCCUAAAAGAGAUCUGGGCAUUAAGACAGUGGCUUUGCAUAUCUUUCACAAGUCUCCUAGACACUCCCCACGGGAAACUCAAGGAGGUGGCGAAUUUUUAAUCAGCAAUAUUGCCUGUGCUUCUCUUCUUUAUUGCACUAGGAAUUCUUUGCAUUCCUUACUUGCACUGUUACUCUUAAUUUUAAAAACCCAACUUGCCAAAAUGUUGGUUGCGUACUCCACUGGUCUGUCUUUGAAUAAUAGGAAUUCAAUUUGGCAAAACAAAAUGUAAUGUCAGACUUUGCUGCAUUUUACACAUGUGCUGAUGUUUACAAUGAUGCCGAACAUUAGGAAUUGUUUAUACACAACUUUGCAAAUUAUUUAUUACUUGUGCACUUAGCAGUUUUUACAAAACUGCUCCGUGCAUACGUUAAAGCUUAUUUUUAUGUGGUCUUAUGAUUUUAUUACCGAAAUGUUUUUAACACUAUACUCUGAAAUGGACAUUUUCUUUUAUUAUCAGUUAAAUUCACAUUUUAAGCGCUUCACAUUUGUAUGUGUGUAGACUGUAACUUUUUUUCAGUUCAUAUGCAGAACGUAUUUAGCCAUUACCCAUGUGACACCACCGAAUAUAUUACUGAUUUAGAAGCAAAGAUUUCAGUAGAAUUUUAGUCCUGAACGCUGUGGGGAAAAUGCAUUUUCUUCAGAAUUAUCCAUUAUGUGCAUUUAAACUCUGCCAGAAAAAAAAAAUAACUAUUUUGUUUUAAUCUACUUUUUGUAUUUAGUAGUUAUUUGUAUAAAUUAAAUAAACUGUUUUCAAGUCAAA